AUGAUACACCCUCCAUUGGACAAAGAACAACAAGGGCAUGUUCACUUUCGUAAAAGUAUGAAGAAAUUUACGGCCACGAGCAAUGAUACGUUCUCUAUAGUUGGACAUUCACAGCCUUAUGUAUAUGCUCGGAUCAACAGUGAUAUCGCCACACUACUUUCAGCGUUAGGCGUUACCAAUGAAACGUUCCUCAGGAAGCUCCACAGUUACCUUGAUUGGUUGAAGAAAGUCCUUACAGAACUAAAUGCAGCUCUAGAUUUCCUUUCGAGUGUAGGACAGCAUCCAGAGGCAGAGCGAGUCUUACUGGAAGGCUUGGAUUCACCAAAAGUACAAACAGUUUUGACGGAUGCUCUAACGAAGGAAAUCAAGAGCUUCAAAAAAGGAGAUACCAAUAAGGACCGAAUUCGAUUUCUCGUCCACAAAUCUCGUUAUAUAUUUGGAGUCUGCGACCCUUUUCAGGUCCUAGAAGAGGGUGAGGUUUUUGUAAAAGUUACCAUGCCAAGGGGAGGUCCACGGGCCAUUCAUUCGUGCCCAGUCUUGGUUGUGCGCAACCCUUGCCUUCACCCCGGUUCAAGGGGACUGCUUGAAAUUACGGGCUGUCUACAAAGAGGAGCUGGAUCAUUUGGUGGAUUGUGUGGUGAUCUUGAUGGGGAUCAAUACACCGUCAUAUGGGAUGAAGACCUUGUACAACCCAAAAUUGCAGAGCAUUUCCUUUACCCCGCUGUCAAAGAGCGUCAAAAACUGAUUAUCACUCGCCAAGACCUUGUUGCUCACUUUGCUGGAUAUAAUAGGCGAGUUAAAUUCCAACCAGAAGGUGCAAUGAGCAAGGAAUGCCAGGAACUUAACGCACUAUACUCCCAAUGUGUUGAUGGAGCGAUUAUCAAAAUUCCUGAACGACUACGGUCACCUCCCACUCCAUCCGAGCCAUUCAUAGUGGAUAUCAUGCUUGAUGAGUGCAGAGCAUUUGCUCAGGAAUGGUUGGCCAGCCACAGUAGUACAGAGAAAUCGGUGGACCGGAUAGCAGAUGAAGAGGUCCUGACUGCACUAUUGACAUCAGAUAGGGUCACGCUUACAGAAUUUCAAACUCUUCAACUUGCCUGGAGAAUCGCCAGGAGGUCCUCAAUAAAUAUCAAGCCUUAUAUCCCUAUGAUGAAUUUUGGGUCCCUCAGUCCAUCAGAAAAAAGGAUGAUAUGUCAUGCGUUUGAUUUGACUCCUGAGGAACAACGUGCCUAUUCCAAAAUGAUCUCUCACAACCUCCACUUCGCCUUCAACGAUUAUAUACCUCAAAAGGCCAAGAAUUUCAAGCGAAGGAUUGUGAUUAUCAAGACGGAUGAUCGGUUUUGCGCUGGUAUAUUCAUACGAGGUGACGUCAAUUGGGAUGAAGAUCAUAUCGUGAAUGACAAUGUCGCUGUCUUUGCUGCUACACCCACUGCCCUUCAAAGCCAAUCCACUUGUCAAACAAAGGAACCGUGGAAGGCUACCGCCUACACUGUGGGGACGGGAUCUUCCAGUUGUAUAAUCGACAUCUUCGCGAUACAUGGAUCUUUAUCAAUCUUCCACCUAAGGAGUCUGUUAAUGAGCUCCAACGUACCUACAGAGGAGAAACUACGCUCCAAUCCUCCUCCACAGCCGUUUGCCCGCAAUGCGUUGGCAAAUGUUAAGUGGGACGAGCGAGGUCCAAAUGACGAGGCAAUCUUCACGUCACAAGAACGAAAUGCUAGGGCACUCUUGGCAACUCAGACUUUUGAUCGACUAAACCAGCUCCUAGAAUUUGCCCUACACUAUCAUCAAGAAGAACGUGCCUUCUGGAUCUUUGAGCAGUUGUGUGCGCACCCCGAGAGGGAGGUCUCCACGGUGUCUGGCUGGUUAUUACGAUACCCGCAUCUCGUAUUCAACUUGUUGCAUCAAAGCUUUGAUAGAGCAAGUGGGAGAUUAUCCGAGCCAUUCCAUUCUAUAGCCAGAGAUAUCCUCGAGGCUAUCAUUCUCUCGGCGAAUGAAGCCCCAGCCACUUCAUUAGUUGCCCUGGAGAAGCUAGGGCGACCAACAAAACAACGUUCUUCUCCUACUCGCAUGACGAUCCAUGCCCGUCAAGAGAAAGCUCGUCCGGCAGCAAAUGAGGCUCAACCCGAGCCAGUUGAAAGGGAAGAGGAUGCACCGACUGCCGUAGCACCUGCAAAGGCCCUUGUGGUUGUAGGAGAGAUUCCCGUCCAUCAGCCAAGUAGUGCUCGCCUUCAUUCCCACGUCAGACUAGCAGCAGCUUCUAGACCAGAGAAAGAAUCAGCACUCUAUAGGCGAGAAAUACUGGAUGGCAUUGUGACGGUUUCAUCUCGUGGUCAAGUUGAAAUCAAGCUGUUCCACCAUCCACCCCCUGAGUACGAGAAGAUGGAGUGGUAUAUGUACGACUGCGGUAACACUGCGACAACAAAGGCCAUGAUGGAUGCAGUCACCAAGCUUCACACCGACCAAUUCGAGGCUUGCGGAUUCCAUCAAAUUAUCACUGGUACACGGAACAUAGAUGAAGUACAAAUACAAGCUGCAACUCAGGAAUCGGAAAACAUCGAGUGGGAGGGCUUCAACGUCAGCCAAAAAGAGGCCAUAGUUAACUCUUGUAAAUCUGAAGUUGGGUUGAUUUGGGGACCACCUGGAACUGGGAAGACCACUGUCGUGGUCAAAAUAUUGGAGAUAUUGCUUUCACGUCUAGAUGACGAGGCGCAGAUUUUGAUGACAGCCUCGACUCAUAAUGGCAAGUCUCCUUCUCAUAGGUCAACAAUCUGCCUAACUGAUUCUCAUUUAGCUGUUGACAAUGUCCUGGAGCGUUUUUCUCGACGAAAUUUGGAAAAGAAAUGGAUUCCAGACGAAAGCAUAAUUCGAGCAGCAACGGAUUAUGGCAAAGUUGGAGAGAGUGUCAAGAAAUAUACAGUGGAUGCUUUGCUAGGCGGAAAUCCGACCGACGAUUCCAAACUUAUCAAAAAAGCAGAGAAGCGGAUCAAAGGAGCGAAGAUUAUCUUUACCACGUGUGCAGGUGCCGGCUUGGGGGUCCUCAGGAAACUACACUUCGAAACGGUUCUCAUCGAUGAGGCGUCCCAGAUCACGGAAGGAACAUCUCUCAUUCCCUUGGUAAAGGGAUGUAAACAGGCCAUCCUUCUUCGUCCGACAAUCAAGAGUCCCAUGACCGUCCCCGGAUUAGACGUCUCUCUGUUUGAGAGACUCUACACUGGAAUAGAGCAGAUUGGCCUCUAUAAAGCGAUGCUCAAUGUCCAGUACCGGUUUCCCGAAGAUUUGGCUCGGUAUCCCUCAAUGCGGUUCUAUGAGAACAGGCUUCAAACUGGAACUGAUACCAGCAAGCUGCAAGAGAAGCUAGAUAAGACUAGUUUCCCUUGGCCAGUAGCUAGUGGUAGAAAGAUUCCUAACGUCUUUGUACCCUGUACAGAAGAGGAGGAUAUGGGUAGCCAGUCCAAGAAGAAUGAGGGACAAGCAAAACUAGUCGGUCAUAUCGUCAACUUAUUGCGUACUACCCCUCCAAACAAUACCGCUACAACAUCCUCUGAUACCCCACCUUCCAUUGCCGUGCUUACACCUUAUACGAAGCAGGUCACUUGUUUAAAAAGCUACGUGCAAGGCGCCUCCAUUCAUACGGUGGACGGGUUCCAAGGGCGAGAGGCCGACUUCAUUGUAUACUCGAGUGUGCGGUGCAAUCCCAACAGAGACAUUGGGUUCCUGAUUGACGAGCGGAGACUCAACGUGGCAUGGACUCGGGCUCGAGUGGGGCGAAUUGUUGUGGGAGAUCCAGACACGUUGAAGAAUGGCCAGAGAAUCGAGGACGAUAUGGUGCCGUCUCCAGGCGGGAAUGAAUUGUGGAGAGGAGCCAUUGAAGAUUAUCAACUUCCUUCGAACGGCUCUGUAACUAAGCUGCCUAAAGAAGCGCUGAUAGACAGCUUUGAACGGCCGCCUGGAAGCCCUAGCCCCAAAGUUGUAAGUCCUGAUAAUAUGGUGGGUCAGGUGGAAGCAACAAAGUUGUUGGCGGCAGGU